AUGUUAUCAAACAUAACUGUUGCAAAUGUUGCUGCCAUCAACGAUGAUUAUGAUGAUGAUGGCUCGUAUUCGGCUCGUAAACCACCCAUUGCUCCGUCAUCUACAAAUUCACAAGGUUAUUGUACAGCGCUUGGAAAGACAAUUUUUGAAUUAAAAGCACGACAAGAUCGAGGUGUUGAAGAACGAAAAGGUGUUUCACCAAAAAAUAAUAUUUUUGCUGCAUAUAGAAAACGCGAUGACUUCUUCUCAGCAAAAGAUUCAAUAAUCCCAAAAUCCUUUCAGCGGACGCAGUAUGAGCAGGGCAAAACGUCAUUUUUUGGAAGUAAGACGCCAGAGAUUAGUCGACCCACUUAUCGCAUUAGUGCUUACCAAAGUGAUGCUGAAAGUCCACCGUGGAUCAAGCAGGCCGCCGUGCAACGAUGUUCAAGCGCUAUGGACAUGAACGGAAUACUAACAGAAAAAAAGCGAAAUUUUGGUCAAGAUGGUCAAACAGUUUCUUCAACCUACCCUGAUUGGAAUCGAGGUGUUGUCAAUUCGCAAAAUUCAUACAGCACAUUACCCCCAAGAGCAGAUGCCGAUUCCGUUUCUUAUCGUUUUAACAGCAAUUCAGCGUCACCUCAGCUUUCGAUGCAUAAUCAAUUUCCCAGCACUCCAGAAAGAACCCCAGCAUUUGAAAACAUGUAUUCUACAAUGCCAAAACGGGACACCACGCCAAUUGAACGAUACCGGACGGUGACAUCAGUUGGAACAUCAACUCCUCCACUGCCACCAACAAAGCCUUGCAGUGAAUGUUCAGCAUUAAGAAAUCAAUUGCUCGAUCUAUCAGAAAGGCUUGCCGCGGUCGAAAAACAACGUCUGUUAAAAGUACUUGAAAAUAAAGAGCCAGAAUCUUUUAAGUUGAGUAAAAGUGUUGGCACUGACCUGGAACAGAGAGCAUUUGCUGACAAAAAAAUUGGCAAUGAAUAUGCCCCAAGUCUUGAUGUUGCCAUUUCAACAAAUCCUGUAAGUUACGUUGAUUUCGCCGGUGAUGCACUAAACACUGAAUGUGAAAGUAAGACGACAAGUGUAACUUACAACGAUCGUUUAAUUUAUGGCCAAGUUAAAGAUAGUUCCGUAUCUCCACCGAUGAAGCCGCUUUGUAUAUCUUUUGGUGUUGCUACUGACCCGCUCCCAACAAGCAUUGGUCUAACUGAUCAAAAUUCUACAAAAGAACCCGACAAUGCUGAAAAAAAAUGUUACUCAGACGCAGCUAACUGCACAGAAGCAAUGAGCUGUAAAGGUGAAUUUGAUGACUGUGCUUGCGAAGCUCAUCUAAGAGCACCAACAAAAGAUGAAGGUACUAUGACAGUGCAGCGAAUUUUGAUCAGCCGGGCUUCUGGAACUGUCAAACCUUUUAAGCUGAAGGAAGCAGCGAUCGAAACUGACAUUGUUAAUAUAGCUUCUAGUGCCAUACAGACAGAAGCUUGUCUGACAAAGACUGUGGCGCUUGCGACCACCAGUGUAGAUGUCAAAGAACGUGGAGUGAGUCCAGUUCAAGAUGUUUUUACUCAUGACGCGUCAACAGUUUGUGAUAUUGUCGUCAAUGUCCCAAAACCCCCACCAAAACCACAGAGUGAAGAGGCUGUUGCUCAAAGUUGUAGUAAAAAGCAUUACGCAGAUGCUACGACACAGAGUGAUAUAGAACCUGAUCAUACUGAACCUCGUGUGUUGAGCGACUCUGAAAUUGCUGAGUCGUUGUGGCUUAUGCCAUCAAAAGAUACUGUCGAAACUGCAGUGGGAAAUGAUGACGAUUAUGCCAUAGAGAUGAGCAAUACAGAUGAAGAUUGUAAAGAAAAUCACAUCGAAGAUGCCAGUAGUGAUACGGCAGCUAAUAAUGGAGAGGAUGAAGAUGUGAUUUCGAUUACUGAAGAAACAAUAUCCGAUCAAGAAGUUGCUGAUAUGAACGAGUCUGUGGAAGAGUCGUUUGUUGAACGACAAGAGGCAGACGAUGAUGUAAAAACUAAACCGCGAGCACUUGGUCAACAGCGUGCUGCUGUGGUUCGAAAGCUGUUAACAGAAACCAAAAUUCCACAGCCAAACAAUAAUUUUGUUCGUGGUACCGUAGCUUCGCGAUCUUGUCGAGUUGAGAGUAAAAAAGGCGACUCAUUGCAGUAUAUUACCGACCAAUACAAAGUGAAGGUUUGUUAUCAUUGGAUUUAG